AUGAAAGGAUCAGAAAAGAAAGGCACAAAGAGCAACGAUGGUCACAAGGAUGACAAGAAAAGAAAGGCAGACAAGAUCAAGGCUGAUGUUCUGAAGGUUGCGGAAGAAGCGAACCGCCAGAAAGCGAAGACUGCCAAAGGUUCCAAGAAGGUGUCUGAUGGCAAUACCAAGACAGAGGACAAGAAGAAGGCAAAGGAAAAGGCCAUGGCAGAAGAGCAGCAGACCAAACACAAGGAUCCCCAGGAGCCACAGGAGACAAAGGAGGAGAAGCCCAAGAAGGAAGAAGCGAAGAAGGAGGUCUCCAAGAGCACCAAGGAGGAGAAGAUGGCCCACAAGAAGAAGGACUCUGAUAAGAAGACCAAGACAAAGCAGGAUGAGACUGCGAAGACCAAAGAGGCAAAGAAGGAGAAGAAGACUGAGGAGAAGAACAAGGAUGGCAGCAAGAAACAAAAGAAGGAUGAUGGGGAGCAGAAGGAAAGGUUGAAAAGGUUACAGGAAGCUGCCUUGCGAUGCAGCGUGCCUGCCCCAUCAACACCGCCCAGGAAGCGGCACCGAAUGAAGUCGCCAGCAAGCAGCCUGGGCACUGUUCAGACUGAUGCAAGUUCUGAGCAUUACGCAGAGAAGCAGGCCAAGGCUAUGGAAGCCCUCGGUGACAAGUUGGAAGAUGCUGCUCUACUUGCUAGUGUCAGGGCUGAGUUGGAUGCAACUGACAUGCUGGGCCUGCUUGAUGACCUCAAAGACCAUGCAAAAGCACCGUCCACAUCGGCUGAGAACAAGCUUUGCAAGAGGGCAGCAAAGCAGCUUGAGCAGGAAAGUGAGGAGGAGGGUGAGGGUGAAGAAAAAGAGAAGGACGCCUCUGAUGAAGAGAGCCAGGAUGGUAGCGAAGCUUCAGAAGAAGACGAAGAAGUCGAAGCAGAAGCUGAUGAGCAAGAUGACAAAAGUGAAGAGGAGGAGGAGGAAGAGGAGGAGGAGGGAGAAGGACAGAAGGAUGCCGACGAGGCAAAAGAAGAUGAAGAUGAAGAUGAAGAAGAUGGUAGCGACAAGGAUGAAAACGCAGAAGACUCGGAGGAGGAUGAGGCCAGCGAUGCUGAAACGGAAGGUACAGCAUCAGAAGACGAAGAUGACCAGGAGGAUGGGGAACAGGAGGAGGAGGAUGAAGAGAAAAGGAAGAAGGGAGAGUUGGCUGAGUCUAUAGCGGCAACGGCGGACAAGAGUACAACGCGCAAGAAGGAAUGGGACCGCUUUGAUCGACAAACCAAGGGAGGUGCGUUCCCUACUGCGCUCAUGCCUUUCCUGCGAAAGAAGAAGGCUGACCUUUUUGGCCUUUGGUUGGACCAUGAAGGUGAUUGGGACAAAGUUGUGGUCGAAGUGGAUCGUUUGCAAUCCACUACCAAUUUGAACCGGAAGCAGUGGACGGCCAUCCAGGCCAAAGACCUACAAAAGUCCAUGCUUGAGGACCGCUUCAAGGAACUCAUCAAGAAGCGACAGGAGCAGGGGCUGUAUUACGCUGAUGAGGAUUGGCCGGAAGAUCCCCAGGAGACAUGGUACUAUAUGCCAACUGGCAGAGUCAUCCGCCAAGAGGACUCCACUUCUGAGACCCUCAAAAUGUCUGCCACGCAGAAGGUGGGUACUGAACUCCAGGCCGCCCUUACCGGAGAGGACGGUCCUCUUCAAAGCGGCGCCUUGCCCGCCAUCCGCGCAGCUUCAGAGCAAGGCGCGAAGCAUCUUUAUUCAGCCUUAGAUGACGAGGGAAAGAGCAUUGUGAAGCCAAAGAAGCCAAAGAAAGAGAAGGAGGAGGGAGAAGAAGUUAAGCCAAAGACUCCCUUAGAGUUGGGCCGAGAUCUAGUUCCAGCAGUCCUCGAUGAGGCAACAAAGGCACGGACGAAAGGUAUCCAGCUCAAGGGUAUGGAGUUUGCUGACCAGCUAUCAAAACAGCUUCUGGAUCAUGGGUCUGCCAUGGAGGGGUGUUACUCUGAUUUGAAGAGUGCUGUUGAAGCUACAUCGCCCAAUCUCGACAAGAUCAAAGCGCUGAUUUCGAAAGUGCAGAUUAAGAGGGACGGGUUCAAGAAAGCUGAGGCAUCUGCUGCUGGAAUGAUGAAGGGAGGUGCCGGUAAGAAGAGUGGCAAAUCAGCGAAGGCUAAGGUAGAUACCGAUGAAGAUCCUCGGGAGUGCGUGGCCAAUGUACUUCUGCCACACGAAGUGUUUGGGGCUUUGUACGCAAGGGAUCCGGAUCAGGUUCGUGAGGGCGUCAACAAAACGAUCGCUGAAGUGACAGCAUGGUCUCUCCACUAUGCAGCAUUGGGCCGGUACCCAGACCGAGGGUUCUAUGGAGAAGCAUUUGAGAAGAAUAGCUACAGGGAAUCUCUAUGUGGGAACCGCAUAGCAGGCAAUUUCAAGCUCACCUAUUUCGCAUUCAAAGCAGAUCUCAAAGCUAGACACCAGUGUCAUUUGCUUUCAGACUACUACCUCUGCAAAAAGAUGUGUGACCGGUGCAAAGCAAUUCAGCCUAUGACUUCGGCUCCUCACCCUAUGACCUACAAAAACAUGGCUGACAACGCACCAUACGUGACAACCUGCAAGGAUCACGGCGAGUACCUGAGGACUGCUCGUCGAAUUACACCGUGGAUUGCUGUGGAGGGGUUUCAGUUCGAGACCAUUUCAUUUGAUGUGAUGCACCUUAUCUUUUUGGGUGUUGCAAGAAACCAUGUCCCCUCGGUCCUCAAAUUGUUGAAAACUUUUGGCUACCACUAUUCCCCAGCAGAGAGCGACGAGAAGUUCCUACAGCGGGUGAGCUUGGAGAUGAAGCAGGAUUGUAAGGAUCACGGGUUUCCUGUUCAAAUUCUAUCGCCUAGUUUUUUGUGUGUUUGGAACCUUUGCGCACUAGUUUUGUUUUUGGCACGGUCGCCAACCUGA